UUUCUUCUGCCAGCCCUUCUCUGCCUGUUGACCCUGCUGCUGCCACCCCUCAGUUUGGGGGCCCCCACUUCCCCAGCUGAGCCCAUCAGUCAAGCCUAUAGCCUGGCCCUCUACAUGCAGAAGAACACAUCAAUGCUGCUGCAGACUUAUCUCCAGUACCAGGGCAGCCCUUUUAGUGACCCUGGCUUCUCAGCCCCUGAGCUCCAGCUGAGCAGCCUGCCACCUGCCAUCGUCUCCUUCAAGACCUGGCAUGCCUUGGAUGAUGGGGAGCGGCUGGGCCGUGCCCAGGGGGCCUUCCUGGCUUUGACCCAGCACCUCCAGCUCGUGGGGGAUGACCAAAGCAGCUUGAACCCUGGCAGUCCUAUCCUGCUGGCUCAGCUCAGGGCUGCGAGACUCAGGGCCCAAGGCCUGUUGGGCAACAUGGCUGCCAUCACGACUGCCCUGGGCCUGCCCAUCCCCCCUGAAGAGGACACUCUUGGGCUUGCCUCCUUUGGAGCCUCAGCCUUCGAGAGGAAAUGUCAAGGCUAUGUAGUGACCCGGGAAUAUGGCUACUGGACAGACAGAGCUGUGAGAGACUUGGCUCUGCUCAAGGCCAAGUACCCUGGAUAGAUGAGGUAGGACUUCCUGUCAGAGGCUGCAAUAUUUCUCCUGUCACAAUGGAUUCUUUUCUGCCUUGCUUCUUCGCUAGAAAGAAAACACAUCUUGUCUAGCAGACGGGGUUUGUGUGCCAUGUUUGGGGAACAUUUCUUGAGAAACAGGCCUCAAUUCCCUAUUGCCUCGGCCUUCCUGCCUAGGUCCUAAGGCUUCCCUUCCAGAUCUGGGUGGGAUUCCAUGGAUAUCAUUUCAUGAGUUACCAAUCCAGUGAUGCUAGUUGCCUACUUCCUGGGUGGAGAGAAAUGCCUCUUUGAAGAGGCUUCACUUCCACUCUAUGGGGAACAAACAGUUGGUCUCCUUCCUGGGCUCUCCUUGAGACCUUCCCCUUCCUGUAAUUUUGGGAAGGUCCAAGGGCUACCUUCAUGUCUCUGUCUACCUCACUUCCUGUCUAAAGAUACAGACUUUGUGGAGCAGGUGGGCCUCUCUUCUUGCUGUAGUUCAUUUCCUCCCCUAGUCUCCUUUUCUGACUGUGCCACUGUUACAACUUCCCAU